CGGACUCGGGACUGAACGCGCUUCCCUCGACCAGAGGCGCCCCGGGAAAGCCCUCCGCGCGCCCCCGCUGCCAGGAGGAUGCCAGCCGGCUUCCAGCAGAUCCGAAGAGAAGAGGCGGAGGAGGAGGAGGAGGAGGAGGAGGCGGCGGCGGCGAAGGAGGGCAGCGUGGAGGACGCCAGUAGCGGGAUCACCCCCGUCUUAGUCCUGUCCGUCUUCACGGCCAUCUUGGGGUCCUUGCAGUUUGGAUACAACAUCGGGGUGAUCAACGCACCGCAAACGAUCAUUCAGCAGAGUUACAAUGCAACAUGGAUGCACCGCCAAGGCGUGGAAAAUGCUACAUCCAUCGACCCCAGUGUCCUCAACAUCCUGUGGUCCUUGUCGGUCUCCAUCUUUUCCCUUGGCGGCAUGCUCUCCUCCUUUAUGGUUGGCGUGGUCUCUGAAUGGCUUGGCAGGAAGAGAGCUAUGAUCAUCAACAACGGCCUGGCCUUUCUCGGUGGGAGCCUGAUGGGACUGGCAAAGCUGGGCAAAUCGUACGAGAUGAUGAUUUUUGGGCGGUUCAUGAUCGGGGCUUUCUCAGGAUUUGCCUCAGGACUUGUCCCCAUGUAUGUGGGGGAAAUCUCCCCCACCAAACUUCGGGGGGCUUUGGGCACACUGAAUCAGCUAGCCAUCGUCGUUGGAAUACUUAUCGCCCAGGUGUGUGGCCUGGAGACCCUGCUGGGGACGGAGGCCCUCUGGCCCUUCCUACUGGGCAUCACCGUGGUGCCCUCCUUUGUCCAGCUCCUGCUGUUCCCUUUCUGCCCGGAGAGCCCGCGCUACCUGUACAUCGUUCGGAACAAGGAGUCCAAGGCCAAAGAGAGUCUCAGGCGGCUGACCGGGCGCCAGGACGUGAGUGCUGCGCUGACGGAGAUGAAGGAAGAGAAACGCCGCAUGGACGCGGAGCAGAAGGUCUCCAUCCUUCAGCUCUUCCGCUCCCGCAUCUACCGUCAGCCGCUCUUGAUCGCGGUGGUCCUUCAGCUGUCCCAGCAGCUCUCCGGCAUCAAUGCGGUCUUCUAUUACUCAACCGACAUCUUGACCAAAGCUGGCCUGGAGCAGCCCAUUUAUGCGACCAUCGGGACAGGCGUGGUCAACACCGUCUUCACCUUGGUUUCGGUGUUCCUGGUCGAGCGAGCAGGAAGGCGGACAUUACACCUUGUGGGCUUAUCUGGAAUGAGCAUCUGUGCCAUCCUGAUGAUGGUCUCUCUCCUCUUCCUGAAAAGCAUGCCCUCGAUGGGCUACCUCAGCAUGGUGGCCAUUUUUGGCUUUGUGGCCUUCUUUGAGAUUGGGCCAGGCCCCAUUCCGUGGUUCAUUGUAGCAGAGCUGUUCAGCCAGGGGCCCCGUCCUGCUGCGAUGGCUGUGGCCGGCUUUGCCAACUGGACUAGCAAUUUCAUCAUUGGCAUGAGCUUCCCGUCCAUUCAGGAGGCGAUUGGGGCUUACGUCUUCCUCAUCUUUGCCAUCCUUCUCCUGGCGUUCGCCAUCUUCACGUAUCUCAAGGUGCCCGAGACCCGGGGGCGCACCUUCGAUGACAUCGCCGCCACAUUCCGACGCACCCCGUCUUUGUUGGAUCGCGAGAUCAAGCCGUACACCGAGCUGGAUGAGCUGAGUCCAGAUGGCCAUGAGUGAAGGGACAGGGGUGAUGACAGGGAAGCGGGUCACGGCCACAGAAAGGAAAGGAAACCAUGGCCCGUGGAAUCAGGCAUGGUGGCAGAGAUACCAGGGUUUGUCUAGCACUUUAAGGCUGCGAGCCCCGGGGAGGUGGGCUGGUGGUCUGGGCCAAACGGUCUGUUUGGUCUGGUUGCAUUUCCGUUUUUUUAAAAAAAAUGUUUUUAAAAGAAAAGCAAUAAAGGAGGAUUGUUUUUAUCAGUGAGAUGGCUAGGGAGGGGGUGCUCUUUGAAAAGUCACUCAAGGAGAGGCCCCUUUUCUUGAUGCUGUAAAUAUGGCCUUUGGAGUAGGUUGGUGGGGUGGGAAGGUGCCCCCUGGGCAGCCCUAUUUCGCCUAGAUUUGCCAAAAAUUCCCCAAAGCACAUUCUGAAGGAAGAGCCAGGCCCCCAAGGGGAGGGGUCGGCUGCAAACUAGCCGUCCUCCAAAGACUUUUCGUUUUCUACUCGGUUGGCUUUGUGUAGGGCUGAAUCCUGUUUCCCUGAGUGCAUCAGAGUGUCCCAGAACAUGGACAGAGUUCCUUUGUACUCACUCAGGAGACACCACUGGCAGCCUUCGUUCUUCUGGGCAUCCACAUGGUCCAGAAUACUAACUUUCGGGACAACUUUGUCUUCUUCUAGAAAUCAAGCCUGGGAUCCACAAUAAGGACAGAGCCUGGGAUGCCUGGUAGUCCCUCCCUGGCCCUCGGGUGGCUGGCUGGCUGGUGAUUGCCAUGGGCGCUCCAGGUGGUGGGAUGCAGCUCAAGGGCACCUCAGUAGGUGGGGCUACAAGUCCCCAGCCCAGGCGUGCCAGGACAGGGACGGAGGCUGGUUUCUAUGGAGGGCAUUCCCUUGGCUGCUCUCUUGGCACCGCCCAGGGUGGGGGGGUCCCCACAUUGACCCUUCCCCUUUUCCUCAAUGCCUCCUUGGCCCCUUCCCCUCUGAGGCAGGGGGCCAAGAGCGAGAAAGAGGCUGCUCCUCCAGGGAGCUGAACUGGUCUCUUGCGCUGAAAUGUUCCCGAGCCAGCCCAUCCCUGGUCCAGGCCAAGGAGGGGCUCGGCAGGGCAGCUGGUCAGAUGGCACCACUAAAACCCCUGUCCUUCUGCCUCUCUGGGCCACCCAUGAUUACAAGACCACUGCCUCCCAAACCACCAGAGGUUUGCCCAGGGAGAUUAAAAGACAACCUGGCUCUGGCUGGUUUUUCUACCCAGAAAGUUGUUUGAAAGAAAAAAAAUCUUCCCAUUUAGAAUAGUACAAGGAAUCACUUGGCAGCUGACUUCCUAUCUUGCCAAGCAUGUUCACAAGCCCCCCACCCAGGUAUGGGCUGGUUUGAACUCAGUUCAAUUCUAUCCCCCAGCUUGUCACAAGGACCCCUUGCUUUUGAAAGACAGAGAGUUUCCCAGGAAUCAUUUUUCUCGCAGAGAUCUGUGGUUGUGCCACACUUUUUAAAUUGCCUUAGGUUCCAUUCCGUUUGAUUCUUCAGCACUUUUAACAACCGCAGUUUUCAAGCCUCUCUCUGCAUCCAUGAGGGUUAGGAUUUGCAUUUUUUUCCCCCCACCAAAGCAUGGAACUUCAAAAUAGAAGCUGGUGGACUGCAUCGCUCAGAAGUCAGAAUAGAAAUAAAAAGAUGCAAGACUCUACAAUUUUAAAAAAAGAGAUUACGUUUUCUCCUCCAACUUGGUAUAACUGCGCUGAGGGUUUUGUUUUCAGCUUGUGUAGUUAAGAGAAAAUGUCUCAAAAUUGCAGGCAGGUUUUUGCGUGUGCAUGUUACCCUUUCUAUUUCUAGAAAAAUGGUAUUUGUAUAUAAAGAAUAGAGAUGGCUA